AUGAUGAAUAAUCCAUCAAAUGAAGUCAAAAUAUCUCCGUCUUCGAAAACUAUGAUAUCGGCUGCAUGUUCAUAUUUAAUUCGUGGUAUUCGAGAAUUAAAUUUAUACUCUAAUAAUCCACUUUGGACAUCAACAUUAACUCGUACUGAACAAAUUCAUAGUACUCGACUUUUUUUAAUAUUAACUUCAAUAUCACUUUUAUCCGUUAUUGGUUAUGUUAGUUUAUCUGUUCACACAUAUGAAGUAACUCGAAAUAAAUUUUCCAUAUCUGAUUUCGAACGACUUCAAGCACGUUAUCCA